UCAUAAAGUUGUGAGAUCUCCAUUGACUCAAAAGUUCAAAAUCUGCAAUUGCCAAAAUGGACGUCGAACAUUUCACAGCGCCCAAGGCUGAAUUCCCCAAGAAGAAGUGCGGUGUGCUCGGCGCCACGGGCUCGGUUGGCCAGCGCUUUAUUCUCCUGCUCGCACUCCACCCACACUUCGAACUACACGCCGUUGGAGCAUCAGAGCGUUCAGCUGGCAAGAAGUACAAAGAUGCUGUCAAGUGGAAACAGGCAUUGCCGUUUACAGAGCGCAUUGGGGACUUGGUGGUGAAGAAGUGUUUGCCAGAGGAAUUCAAAGAAUGCGACCUCAUCUUCUCGGGGCUCGAUAGCGAUGUUGCUGGAGACGUUGAAAUGGCCUUCCUCAAGUCCAACCUCGCCGUCUUCUCCAACGCAAAGAACUACCGUCGCGAUCCCCUCGUCCCACUCGUCGUUCCCACCGUUAACCUCCCGCAUCUCGACGUCAUAAAGCACCAGCGCAAACACUACGGCUUGGAGAAGGGCUUCCUCGUCUGCAAUUCCAACUGCGCCGUCAUCGGCAUCGUGAUUCCUUUCGCAGCCCUACAAGACAAAUUCGGCCCCGUCGACCAAGUCUCCGUCGUGACAAUGCAGGCUGUAUCUGGCGCCGGCUACCCUGGAGUGAGCAGCAUGGACAUUAUCGACAAUGUCGUGCCCUUCAUCUCGGGUGAAGAGGACAAGCUCGAGACCGAAGCGUCGAAGAUCCUGGGAAGCGUCAAUGGAGAGGUAACGGGCUUUGUGGACCAGCCUAUGAAGAUCUCUGCAGCCUGCAACCGCGUUCCAGUCCUUGACGGACACACAGCCUGCGUCUCGCUGCGCUUCCAGCGCCGUCCGCCGCCGAGCGCCGAGCAGGUCAAGCAGGCCAUGCGAGAGUACGUUUCAGACGCACAGAAGCUAGGGUGUCCAUCAGCACCUGCGAAGGCUAUCGUGGUCAUGGAGCAGGCAGAUCGGCCACAACCUAGGUUGGACAGGGAGACUGAUCGAGGGUAUGCAGUUAGUGUAGGACGCGUGAGGGAGGACGAGGCGGGGAUCUUUGAUAUCAUGUUUGUCGCGCUCAGCCAUAACACUGUCAUUGGAGCGGCAGGGUCUUCGAUAUUGAAUGCGGAAGCGGCGGUGCUGAAGGGGUAUGCUUGA